CAUACUUUAAACAGCGUAAACAUUGUUAAAGCUUCGUCGUUACGCAGUUUCAAAACGGAUAUAUUAAUAAGACUAGCAUUGUACAAUUCUUUGAUUUAAACUUUAGUAUUACUAAUUAACGCAAAUAGCAGUGUUGUUUUGCGUCGUACUUUGUGGAUAUUCAAACAUGGCGAGGGCAAUUAUAAUUUUGAUACUUGUGUCCUACGUUGUUGAAACAAAACAAGUUUCUGAUAACGAAAAGAUCCGGAUUGUUAUUCGAUCGGAUGAAAUAUUUUUAAAUGAUAUAAAACAAUCGCUGGGCAGGUAUUUGUUCUACUUUGAAAGCAAGAUAAAUGACCGCCUUUUCAUUUUCGUAAAGAAAACAGAGGAACCGAACCGCAUACAACUGUCGUCGAAUGAACUAGCAGCACUCCAACGUUCAAACCAAAACAUAGAAAGACUAGAUCAAAGCUACAGCUGGUAUCCAGAAUCGCCUCUAAAGCCACACUUUUCAGCAUAUGGCAGCGAUGGCCACCGGACUGAACAAGGAAAUGCACGCGUACGUAUUCCAUACACUAAGCUAAUAUUAUAAUCCGAGAUUGUAAAACUUUAAUUGGUUUAUUUUCACCAUAGUGGCUUUUUACAAGCAUUAAUUUUGGUAUGUAACGCAGUGUACCAAAUGAACCUAUGUUUAAUGUACAAGUUCAUGUGCGUCUAGACAGUGAUCACGUUAUAUUUUGGAAUGUUUAUACAUAAAAAAUGGUGAUCGACACAGUCAGAAAAUAAAAAUAAAUAAUGUGUUGUUGAUUUUGUCUUGAAAUGUUCUUAAACAGUUUGGUUAAUGAUACAUUUCUAGUGUAAAUAUAACCUUCAAAUAGUACAUGAGUGGCGAGAGUGGUCUAGUGGUAUAGGUAUCCACCACUCAUCCAAGAGGUUGUGGGUUCAAUCCCCACCAGGAAUACCUUCUUAUGGCCUCUCAAAAUGGACACCAGCAGCCAAUUGUAUAAACAAUGGUAAAUAAUUUCCUCGGAAAAUAAAACCACCGGUAAAUUCCGUGGUAAUAUUACCAAGCCGGUAAAUGCGCUGUAUAAAAUAAAAUACCAAGGCGGUUAAUUUAACAGGUAAAGGUGAUUUUUUACCUGCAGUAAAUUUUACCCACAUCCCUUAAUGCAAUAGAAUGACGUAAUUUUCACACACAGCUGUCAGAUCAUUUAAAGUGAUCAAUAAAUAAAUUAUUCAAUUCUCAUCAUUGUUUCUGUUUACAAUAGAAUGAAACAUUAUCUCUUCAGUUGUUAUUGUAAGCACCUACUAACCAUUUCAUACAUACUGUUCAACUAAUAUAACACUAAGCUGUCCCAUUAUCGAUGUCAAAUUUAAGUGUUAGAAGUACUUACUCAUAUAGUCAUUAUAUGUCAAUUUUACAGGAUCGUAACGUCAAUAUACAUGGAGUGUAACUUUUAUUCUCUAUUUUUAUUAAACCACAAAUGGUAUUAUUUUUAACAUCGAAUUCAAUACUAACGUAGAUACCAAUAAUCAGUAUUGCCAAUGAUGAACAACAUAUAAUAUACACUAGCGGGUCCAAGGAGUUAAAUAGUGAUGUUUCCUUGACCACAUGUUUGUCAUAUGACCUUGGUCAUCCACUGGUAUCAUCCUAAAGUAAAGUGAAAUUAAUAUCUUAUAAUCAUUAGAAUUAUAUAUUGUAUGUGAAUUUCAGCAUAAUUUCAUAUUUUAAAAGUCUGAAUAAUGGCUAUUUGGCGAGGCUAUCACAAUAAGCAACGUUUUGUGUGAGUGAUAGAUUGUCACAGUUAUAAAAUGGUUGUGUACAAUUAAACAUAAACAUGACAUGUGAAUCACAGAACUGUAUAUGUUAUACAAGUACGUAUAUAGAACACAAAAAUCAUACUGGAGUAUCUUGUUUUUCAAAUAUUGUUUACUCUGAAUGUUUAAACACAGACUGCAGUAUUGCACUUACUACAUAGGACAGAAGCAAACUGUUUUUAUGUUUUUCUAGCCUAUAAAUACUAGAUAUAACACUGUAAAUACAAAGGUUAGUGAGUUGGUUCCGUUGAAAAGUUUAAAUAUAUAAAGUUGGUCACACGGUGGUUAUCGGCGUUUUCGUACCUCUGUAUUCCUGUCUUUAUAGAUAUGGAUGUAAUGGAACAGUUGUCUAUCCACGUAGUUUCAAUUUGUAUUUAAAAUCGACGAACUGAGCUGGGAAUCGGGCGUUUGUUUAUGUCCGGUCGGCCAUCUUUAUUCCGGUAACAAUCGAGAUAUAAGAAAUAGUUUAAACUAAAAUUAAACAGUACACCACACGUGUGUGUUUAUUGUUUAUCAUAUUUAUCUGCAUUUGUUUAAGAAUUUCAUGCACCUUUGCCCACCUUAUUUUGACCAAGCGCUUGGAAUUGACCAAUCAUGGAUUGAACAUAAUGUCAGUGGACGUGGAAUUGUUGUGGGAGUUACAGACGUCGGCAUCAAUGCGAGCAAUACACAUAUACGUGGAAACAUAAAACUUGAUUUGUCUUACAACUUUGUGAAUAAUAUCACACAAACAAGCCCUUCCGUUUUCCCAAAUAUAUUAGAAAGUUCGUCGAUAACAGGACAUGCAAUUGCGUGUGCAGGACUCGUAGCUCGCCCAAUGACGGUAGAUGAAUGCGUUUCUUGUGGAAUCGGUGUCGCACACGAAUCAAAGGUUGCAGAUUUGCAAAUUGCAAAGGUCAAAGAAAACAGUUGGAUGUUUCCAGUGAUAGAUUCUGCCAUUUUUUCAAGAGCUUUAGCAUAUCGACGUGACGCGAUCCAUAUAUUUUCAAAUAGUUGGGCUGCAAAAAUACCGUUUAAGAAAUUAAACUUCUAUGAAGAAGACGUUUUGACCGAAGGAGUUAGAGAAGUAUUAAAACGAUUAGUUUUUCUCGUAUAUUUUAUUUUAAACCAUUAACGUUUAUCAAUUUGUGCUAAAGAGUAUCAUUUGUCACUGAAAAGUAAUAAUAAGACUAUAAAGUUAUGUGACCUUGACGAAACAUGACAGACAGGCUAUCAAAAAUAAUGUUGGAUAAAUCAAAACAAGUUCUCGCGUGUUCAGCAUGAGAGUCACAAUAUUUACAAGAUUUUACAGUUUUACCAAUGCGAACGCAGUUUUAAGCGCUUCUAUUGUUUUGCUUAAUUGUAGUUCUUCUCGAUACACUUGAGUUCGAUAUUUGGUAAGCUUUUACCGCUAGAACCACUGGCAGAAAAUGUUCGUUGGUUUAUUGAAAAGCCAUUCUCACUUUCUAUGUUUCCUGACUUGUCAGGUAUAGGCUCUAGGUGCGAUGUUGUGAUGCUAAUAACAUAGUGUUAAAGUAACAAAAGGUCGAUCAAACCUCUACUUUUUAACGAAGUUAAGAUAUCAGAGUAGUAUAAUACGAAGUACUCUGAAAAUACAGAAAUAACAUUCAUAAGCAUAAUAUUAAGAAUAAGCACAUAGUAAUUGACAAAUAUGUAUAGUUAAUAAGGUAAUGCUUCCUAACUGAAUGUUAGUCCUAAUGACUGAUUGAAAAGUUUAGCUGAGAAAAUCAAGUGGCCGCGAUCGUUUCCUGCCGGGCAACCUGGAUCUGGAUUUGCCAAUCACAUUGGGAGCAUCACCGUCGCAUGUUUAGCUGUCAAUGGUACCGUUGCUGAUAUAAGCGCGGUCAAUGCUGCAGCACUCGUGUCUGUGUUUUGCAACGGAAGAAAAAGAAACGACCAAAGAAUGAUAACAGUUGGGCACAACGCCAAGAGGUGUGACACAACUUUCGGCGGUGAAUCUGCUGCAACUGCAAUUGUUUCUGGAAUGAUUGCUCUUUUGUUAGAAUCUAACCCUCGCUUAUCUGCCAGAGACGUGAAACAUAUCUUAAUUGAAUCCAGUAGCCAUCUUUGGAUAGAAGCAUCACCUGAAUUCGUGCCAAACACAGCUGGAAAAUAUUAUCAUCCGAGGUUGGGAUUCGGGCUGCCGGACAGUUCAAAGAUGGUAUUACUGGGAAGGCGCUGGAAUCAGUUAGCACCAUUGUGCAAAUCAACACUUAUAUUUUCGAAAGAUUCAUAUCAUCUCAAAGAUUUACACUGGUACCUUCGAGUAUUGUACGACAAUACCUUCUGCGACACGGCACCAUGCAUAGAGAAGAUGGAAGAAGUUCGCUUUGAAAUUGAAUUCGUGUAUUCAGAACGACAUCACAUGAAACUGUGGGCUAAAUCGCCUAGUGGGACUAAAUCAACUUUAGCAGAAAUUAAACCUGUUGCAAAUGGGGAUAAAGAAAAACAUGUUAACAGUAUAUUUCGGUCCAACCACUUCUGGGGAGAAAACAGUGUAGGGCGCUGGCAUAUUUACAUUGGUUGCAACUUGCCAAUGUCCCAUCCUUUUCCAGCUUAUGGAUGUCAUGUCACUAAAGCACAUUUAACAAUACAUGGUACGGUGGAGACAGCUUAUGUAAAGCAGCAUUGCAAUGCGGACACAUAUCCAGAUGACGACAGAAAUAAAUUUCCAUCAGUUGCCACAGAUGGAAAACAUGUUGAAAACAAUAACAUUAUCACAAACAAUUUUGUAACAAAAAAUGUUAAUACCAUUAUAAACAAUUACGCCUCUUAUGCAGGGCUAUGGAUAAUACUUGGAAUCGGUAUUUCCAUUGUCGUAUUCUUGUUAUAUGCAUGGGGAAUUCAAAAAGGUAUUUGGCAACAUAGCUCGAAAACUGUCCCUGGUCUGAUUUGCAGUCCUUUACAAAUAGCAGAUUUAGCAAUGCAUCUUUAUACUGUAAUAAGUCAGGUGAGGAACAAGACGGAAAGGGAGAAGAAGAGAUCGGAAACGUGUUCAACGCCUUAAAACGUUAAACAAAAGUAACGUUGACCAUGUGAAAGGUGGCUGAAAACCAGAAAAAUGUGUUUGUGUCACACUAUUUAUACGUCUUUUGCGGUAUCAGCCCUGUGAGAACUGUUACCAUUUUGUUCAAAUAUGCCCAUAAGCAAGAGAACAUACUUCAACGUUGAUAAAAAUUGGCAUUGUAAAUUGACCAAUAAUCCAUUACCAAAUGUUUGUUGUGCUGUGGCAGCUUAGUUUCUGUCUUAUAUUAAAUCCUUAUUUACUUCAGUGAUUUGGAAUCACUUCAGCUCAGUAUGUGUGUAUAUCAUAAGGGACUCUAAUGGGGGGGUGAUUAUAAGCUGAUUAUAUAAUUGCAUAAUGCUUUAUAUUAUUAUUAUGUUUCCUAUUGUUGUAAGGCGACGGUUUACUAUCUAGUAAGCUUCAUAUGCAUUUUCUUUUAUUGUUCUAUUCAACAAUUGUUCAAAUUCAAGCAUUACUGAGUAAUCCCCAGUUGAUGGUAUAUUGAGAAACUAAUAAAAUAACUGUUUACAUUUCAGUAACAAAUAGAUAAAA